AUGCCACGAAAGCCCGCCUACACCGCGUCGACGGCCUUUUUCGAGGCCCUCGCGGCCGCGGGCGUCUCCCACGCCUUUGUCAACCUGGGCUCGGACCACCCAGCCAUCAUGGAGGCCAUUGUGCGCAGCCAGCGCGACCCGGCGCUCAAACACAAGUUCCCGCGCAUCAUCACCUGCCCGUCCGAGAUGGUCGCCAUGUCCAUGGCCGACGGCUACGCCCGCGUCACCGGCGAGCCGCAGGUGGUCAUUGUCCACGUCGACGUCGGCACGCAGGCCCUCGGCGUGGCCGUCCACAACGCCUCGGUCGGGCGCUGCCCCGUCCUCGUCUUCGCCGGCCUCUCCCCCUUUACCUGCGAGGGCGAGCUGCCCGGCUCCCGCACCGAGUUCAUCCACUGGCUCCAGGACGUCCCCGACCAAAAGGCCAUCCUCGGCCAGUACUGCCGCUACGCCGCCGAGGUCAAGACCCCGCUCAACAUCAAGCAGAUGGUCAACCGCGCCCUGCAGUUCACACGGAGCGACCCGGCCGGCCCCGCCUACCUCGUCGCCGCCCGCGAGGUCAUGGAGGCCGAGAUGGAACCCUACACCAUCCAGCAGGACCACUGGCGGCCCGUCGAGAUGGGCGCGCUCCCCGGCACGGCCGCCCUCACCAUCGCCCAGGCCCUCGCCUCCGCGUCAAGGCCGCUCGUCAUCACCGGCUACUCGGGCCGCAACCUCGCCUGUCCCGCCCAGCUCGUCGCCCUCGCCGACGCCAUACCCGCCCUCCAGGUCCUCGACGGCGCCGGCAGCGACAUGUCCUUCCCCAGCGACCACCCGGCCUGCCUCGGCAUCAAGCAGGGCCAGCCCGACGACGCCAUCCCGCAGGCCGAUGUCAUACUCGUCCUGCACUGCGACGUCCCCUGGGUCCCGACCCUCUGCAAGCCGCGCGACGACGCCCGCAUCUUCCACGUCGACAUUGACCCCCUGAAGCAGGGCAUGCCGCUCUUCUACAUCCCCGCCGAGGCCCGCUACCGCGCCGACGCCCUCGCCACCUUGGAGCAGCUCAACGCCCAGCUCACCUUAAACACCAUCGCCCAGCCGUCCACGCAGGUCAAGACGCAGCAAGCCCAGGCCCGCCAGGCCGCCUUUGACGCCCGCCUCGACGCCAUCCGACGCGCCGCCCAGCCUCAUCCCGACGGCUCCUUUGGCACCGGCUUCCUCAGCAAGACCCUCGCCACCGUCUGCCCGGACGACACCAUCUGGGCCGUCGAGGCCGUCACCAACUCGGGCCACAUCCACAGCAACGUCCGUCCCACCGCGCCGGGCCACUGGAUCAACUGCGGCGGCGGCGGCCUCGGCUGGUCCGGCGGCGCCGCCCUCGGCAUCAAGCUCGCCACCGACAAGCAGGGGAAGGCCAAGUUUGUCUGCCAGGUCGUCGGCGACGGCACGUACCUCUUCAGCGUGCCCGGCAGCGUCUACUGGAUCUCGCGGCGGUACAACAUCCCCGUCCUGACCGUCGUCCUCAACAACAAGGGCUGGAACGCGCCCCGCGUCUCCCUGCAGCUCCUCCACCCCGACGGCGAGGGCGCCCAGGUCAGCAACGAGGACCUCAACAUCUCCUUCCACCCGACCCCCGACUACGCCGGCAUCGCGCGCGCCGCCGGCGCCGGUGACAUCCACGCCUUCAAGGUCACCCAGGCCAGCGAGCUCGAGGCCGUGCUCAGGGACGCCGUGGACAAGGUCAAGGCGGGCACGACGGCUGUCGUCGACGCCCGAGUCAUCCCGGGCAGCUGA